AUGCCCUCUUGGGUCCUCUUCAUGGUCACCUCCUGCCUACUCUUGGCCCCUCCAAACCAGGCACAAGUCACCAGCCAAGAUGUCUUCUUGCUGGCCUUGGGCACAGAGCCCCUGCACUGUUUCUCCCAGACAUUUGAGGACCUCACUUGCUUCUGGGAUGAGGAAGAGGCAGCGCCCAGUGAAAUAUACCAGCUGCUGUAUGCCUACCCAGGAGAGAAACCUCGUGCCUGCCCCCUGCAUUCCCAGAGGGUGCCCACCUUUGGGACCCGCUAUGUGUGCCGGUUUCCAGCCCAGGAUGAAGUUCGCCUCUUCUUCCCGCUGCACCUCUGGGUGAAGAAUGUAUUCCUCAACCAGACUCUGACGCAGCGGGUGCUGUUUGUGGAUAGCGUGGGCCUGCCUGCUCCCCCCAGUGCUAUCAAGGCCAGGAGUGGAAGCCAACCAGGGGAACUUCAGAUCCACUGGGAGUCCUCUGUUCCUGAAUUCAGUGAUUUCCUGAGUCAUGAGCUCCGCUAUGGCUCCAUGGACCCCAGCAACUCCACCGGCCCCUCAGUCAUGCUGCUGCACUCCACCGAAACCUGCUGCCCCACGCUGCAGACGUUGAACCCAGUCCCUGUUCUCAGCCAGCCUCCAUGUGUUCAGCCGACCGUGCCCCAACUGUAUGAACCCAUGAGGACCUCCCCAGCUGGAGAAGCUCCAUCUCUGACGGUGAAAGGUAGAAGCUGUCUCAUCUCGGGGCUCCAGGCUGGCAAGUCCUACUGGCUCCAACUACGUACCCAGCCUGACCAGGUCUCCUUUCGUGGCUCCUGGGGACCCUGGUCCUUCCCUGUGACUGUGGACCUUCCAGGAGAUGCAGUGGCAAUCGGACUCCAGUGCUUUACCUUGGACCUAAAGAAGGUCACCUGCCAGUGGCAGCAGCAGGACCACACUAGCUCCCGAGGCUUCUUCCAGCACAGCAGGACACGCUGCUGCCCCACAGACAGGACUCCCACCUGGGAGAAGUGUGACGCGGAAGAGGAAACAGACCCAGGAUUACAGCCGGCUCUGUUCUCCCGCUGCCACUUCAAGUCACGAAAUGACAGCAUUAUUCACAUCCUUGUGGAGGUGACCACAGACCAAGGUGUCAUUCACAGCUACCUGGGCUCCCCUUUCUGGAUCCAUCAGGCUGUGCUCCUCCCCACCCCGAGCCUGCGCUGGAGGGAGGUCUCAAGUGGGAGGCUGCAACUGGAAUGGCAGCAUCAGUCAUCGUGGGCAGCUCAAGAGACCUGCUACCAGCUCCGAUACACGGGAGAAGGCCAUGAGGACUGGAAGGUGCUGGAGCCAUCUCUCGGAGCCCGGGGAGGGACCCUAGAACUGCGUCCCCGAGCUCGCUACAGUUUACAGCUGCGCGCCAGGCUCAACGGCCCCACCUACCAAGGCCCCUGGAGCGCCUGGUCUCCCCCAGCUAGAGUGUCCACCGGCUCUGAGACUGCUUGGAUCUCCUUGGUGACCGCUCUGCUGCUGGUGCUGAGCCUCAGUGCCCUCUUGUGCCUGCUGCUGAUGAAGUGGCAGUUUCCUGCGCACUACAGAAGACUGAGGCAUGCUUUGUGGCCCUCACUUCCAGACCUACAGCGGGUCCUAGGCCAGUACCUUAGAAACACUGCAGCUCUAGAUCCUCCUAAGGCCACAGUUACUGACAGCAGCGAAGAAGUGGAACCCAGCCUCUUGGAAAUCCUCCCUAAACCCUCAGAGAGGACGCCUUUGCCCCUGUGUCUCCCCCAGCCUCAGAUGGACUACCGAGGACUGCAACCUUGCCUGAGGACCGUGCCCCUGUCUGUAUGUCCACCUGUGGCUGAGCAGGGCACCUGCUGCACUACACACAUCGCCAACCACUCCUACCUACCACUCAGCUAUUGGCAGCAGCCCUGAAGGCAGACCCCCCCCACUUACUGCAUAUUACCUUAUCCGUCUUUAACACCAACGCCAUCCAUUCUUUUUACCCAUCUCCUUGGGCUUCCUAACACUGAUCUCUCCAUAUGACUGCUCACAAAUCCAGAGCCCUUCCUCCACAGCCACUGGAAUAGGC